GAAUGUAUACUUGUGCCACGUGUUUGUGUGAGGACACUGUUUGCGUCACAGCAGCACCUUGCGUCGAUUUGCGUCAUCACUCUCUCCAGUGUCGGUUGCAGGUUACGGUACAUGACUUGAGUGUUAGUGGACAAAAGUGGUCAACCCCGCUGCAGAGUGCAAUGCAGCUGUGAUUACUUAUAGGAGCUAUGACAUGUAAUUUAGUGGUUAUUUUCAAAACGAAUCCCUGUGCGGUUAGCUGCAUUGAAUAUCGAACUGCUGUCAAAGGAUUGUGAGAUGUAGAACGACUCAGACCUACUUCAAACCGACUACUGGAGUAUUUCGGAGCUGCACCUCAUUGCAGUCAGAUCCGGUAAACUAAAUGGUCGAAUCUUUGGGGAAGAUAAAGAUGCUUCGAAGUCCAGCGCAACCUCCUUACGGCGUUACGCCGAAGGAUUUACGCGAGCUGAUGGUGUUCAGAGGGCAAGAAGGGGCGGCGCAGCUGGAGCUGUUAGGGGGAAUACAGGUGCUAUGUGAGAAGUUGUCGUCAUCACUCACCAGAGGACUCACGGUCGACACCAAGGAGUUCAAGCUCAGGAGAGACACGUUUGGACUGAACAGGAUCCCCAAAGUAGCUCCCAAGUCGUUCCUGAGGCUGGUGUGGGAAGCGCUGUUGGACAGUACCCUCAUCAUCCUGGUGUCGGCGGCACUCAUCUCUCUCAUACUGAACCAGAUGAAGCCUAUGGAGAACGAGGACGACGAAACCCACGGGUGGAUCGAGGGAGUGGCCAUCCUCGUGUCGGUACUGGUAGUGGUGCUUGUCACCGCCUUCAACGACUUCACCAAGGAGCGGCAGUUCAGGAGCCUGCAGAACAGGAUAGACUGCGAGCAAGUGUUCCCCGUUAUCCGAGACGGAGAAGCAAGUCACAUCCCCGUCACGGAGAUUUUGGUGGGUGACGUGUGCCAAGUUAAGUACGGUGACGUCAUUCCCGCGGACGGUGUUUUGAUACAAAGCAACGAUCUCAAGCUAGACGAGUCUUCCCUAACGGGAGAGUCGGAUUAUGUAAGGAAGAAAGUGUACCACGACCCGAUGUUGUUGUCGGGCACCAACGUAAUGGAGGGAAGCGGCAAGAUGUUGGUGACCGCGGUCGGGGUAAACUCUCAGGCUGGUAUCAUCUUCACGCUCCUGGGCGCAGUUGCAGAGAAGAAGAAACAAAUAAGGAAAAAGGGGCGUAAGAAAAAAACUGUGAUAAGGCUCGAAGAUUCUGCCCCCACAGACGAUGAAGUUGACUCACCUCCGCCGGAGUCCCGAAUGAAACGAAAAUCCGUUUUGCAAGGAAAACUAACUAAACUCGCCGUACAAAUCGGAUACGUAGGUUCGGCUGUUGCCAUUCUUACAGUGGUCAUGCUUGUUCUUCAGUUUUGUGUGAGAAAAUUCUGGCUGGAACACGAAAAAUGGAAUGAUAGCUACUACAAUAAUUUCAUUCAUUUCUUUAUCAUCGGUGUCACGGUUUUGGUGGUGGCAGUACCAGAAGGACUCCCUUUGGCGGUCACGAUUUCCUUGGCGUAUUCCGUUAAGAAAAUGAUGAAAGAUAAUAAUUUAGUCAGGCAUUUGGACGCUUGUGAAACCAUGGGAAAUGCUACUAUCAUAUGUUCUGACAAGACCGGAACACUAACCACAAAUCGUAUGACGGUAGUGCAGAGUUAUAUUUAUGACGAAUUCGAUAAAGUUAUUACUAGACAAAGUUUAGCUACUGUGCAGUCAAACGUUGCCGAUAUAAUCUGUCAGGGAAUAUCUAUAAACUCAAAUUAUGCAUCCCGGCUAAUUCCUUCAAAAACGUUAUCAGGCAGUUUUGAGCAAGUUGGAAAUAAAACCGAAUGUGCCCUGCUAGGAUUUGUUGGCUUAUUUCAAAGAAAUUACCAAGAUAUACGUGAAAAUAUGCCGGAAGAAAUGUUUACGAAGGUUUAUACAUUUAACUCCGUUAGAAAAUCUAUGUCUACAGUAAUACCUUGGAGGGAAGGCUAUAGACUAUUUACCAAAGGUGCGUCUGAAAUAAUUCUCAACAAGUGUGACUAUAUUUUAGGAAAGGAUGGGGAGGUGAAAAGCUUCACAGGUGAUAAGAAGAGCCGACUCGUUAACAAUGUUAUCAGAAUAAUGGCCGAAGAUGGGUUACGGACAAUAGCGAUCGCGUAUCGGGAUUUUGUCCGGGAGUAUGCGUCGACAAACGAGGUUCGUAUAAAUUCCGAACCUGAUUGGGACGAUGAAAACACCAUUGUAAGUAAAUUAACACUAAUGUGCAUUGUCGGGAUCGAGGAUCCUGUGAGACCAGAGGUCCCAGAAGCUAUAAGGACUUGUCAGAAAGCGGGAAUAACUGUAAAAAUGGUUACAGGAGAUAAUAUUAACACGGCUAGGUCCAUAGCGACAAAAUGUGGUAUAUACAAGCCAGGAUUUCUCAUACUGGAAGGUAAAGAUUUCAAUAGGAGAAUCCGUGACGCCCAUGGCAACAUACAGCAACAUCUUCUCGAUCAGAUCUGGCCCAGACUGAGAGUACUCGCGAGAUCAUCCCCGACAGAUAAGUACAACUUAGUGAGGGGAAUCAAAGAGAGCAAGCUCAGAUCGACAAGAGAAGUGGUUGCCGUCACCGGAGAUGGUACUAAUGACGGUCCCGCCCUCAAAGUGGCCGAUGUAGGAUUUGCCAUGGGUAUUGCGGGAACCGAUGUAGCUAAAGAGGCUUCCGACAUAAUCUUAACAGACGAUAACUUUACGAGUAUAGUAAAAGCGGUGAUGUGGGGACGAAACGUAUACGAUAGCAUCACAAAAUUCAUUCAAUUCCAGUUGACGGUGAACCUGGUUGCAAUUCUGGUGGCCUUUGUGGGAGCUUGCACCGUAGAAGACAGCCCGCUCAGAGCAGUUCAGAUGUUGUGGAUCAAUUUGAUUAUGGAUACUUUUGCCUCCCUCGCCCUGGCCACGGAGAAACCCACACCGGCCCUCCUUGACCGCAGACCUUAUGGCAGGAAGCAGCCGCUAAUAUCAAAAAUGAUGCUCAAGAAUAUAUUGGGACAGUCGGUCUAUCAGUUGACUGUACUGUUCUGCCUGGUCUAUCUCGGGGACAAAAUUCUCGACAUCCCAACCGGUAUUAAAGCCCACAACCCUGUCAACACUCAUUUCACGAUGGUGUUCAAUUCCUUCGUGAUGAUGACUCUUUGCAACGAAAUAAAUGCAAGGAAAAUCCACGGUGAAAGAAACAUUUUUUCCGGUUUGUUCACGAAUCCAAUUUUUUGUACCAUAUGGUUGGGGACACUUGUUGUGCAAAUUUUGAUCAUUCAAUACGGAGGUGAGCCGUUCUCCGCCCACAGAUUAAGCGUGGAUCAGUGGCUGUGGUGUUUGAUGUUCGGCUUAGGAUCCCUCAUCUGGGGUCAGAUCCUCGGCUUCUUGCCUCCCUCUACUGUCCAGGACUGCCCCAAGAGACCGAGUGAAGACUUCGACGUCGUGUCCCUUUCCGAGCUCAGCAACGGAAGCCGGGGGCGUAUCUUGUGGUUGAGGGGGAUGAGACGCCUACAGACUCAACUCAAAGUGGUGAACGCUUUCAAAUCGAAUCUGGCUCGUAUAGAAGAGCUCAGAAGACAGACUGCAGGAGGAGUAGAAUCAGAGCAUCCAAACUACGUCAACGGCCCUGGUGUUGCUAAUUUCUUCGCUUGGAAACCGGUGGCAUAUAAACCAGCUGCACUCUAACACCGUCUACAUCAAUUUUGGUCAGUGGUUGCUGUCCUUUUCUCAUCUCAGUACUUAAUUUAAAUAACAGCUUUAUUUUGUUUGUACUACCGUAAAAAAUCACAUUUUGACAGGAAUCUACAGUGUCCCCAAUUACACGAUCAUUGUUUCUUCCACGCGAAACUAAUUAUAUAGUCUUAAGUGGAAAAUCAUUGGAAAUGUGUAAAUAUUUUAAAUAUUGAUAAGUUUUAUUCUAUUUAUAACCCUCGUUCAAGGAAGAUCUAAUUAAAUAUGUUGAUUUCAUA